GACGGCUCCGGCAUCACCUCCGCGCCCCGGGCGCGGGAAACCCGCGGGCUCCGAACCCCCGCGGAGCCUCCCCUGCCCGCCGCUGCUCGGAGGGUCGAUGCGCGGAACCUCCCGCCGGCGGGUACGCCCCGGUGAGCUCCGGCGGGUGGUUGAAAGGGCACCCCAACUCUCUGAAAGGGAACCCCCAGCCCUCACUAACCCUUCCGCUCGCCAAGGGGUGUCCGGAGACGAAGCGCAGGACGCUCCCAGCUCCGCCCGCCCCGCCGAGCCCCGAAGCGACGCUCCGCGCAGGUGAAGCACAACGAUGCCCGGCCCCGACGGGUCGCACCCAAAGAGGGGGGGGUGGAGGGGGGUCUCUCCCCCACACACCCCGAAGCGGAGGGGGCCGCUCCGCGGGCACUUACCCGCGCCCCGCUCCAAACUGCGCAUCCUUAGGACGCCGGGAGACCGUGAGAGGCAACGGCGCUAACGCCUUUGCGAGCCGGCGGCUCCCCCCCGCCGCGCAGCCUGCUCCUUCUCUCCCCCACCCCUUCCAAGUUGCUCUCCUCGGAGCUUUCCCUGGGUUCGUCUCCCUCCUGAACCAACGAAGCGAUCCCCCUCCUCGGGGAGAACGGAGGGAGCCUCACCACCGGCGCCGGGCACGGCCGUACUUACUUCUUCCAGAGCGCAGGGAGGAGGAGGAUCGGCGCGAGAGAUGGUUUUAAUUUAAACGCACACGGAAAACAGACGGCGGUAUUUUCUUUAUUAAAAUUAGCCAGCUGCCAGUGAAAGGACGAAAGACACAGAAGCCGAGCCCAACCGCUGCGAGCUGGUUAAACCCAGGCUCCGCGGGGAGGAGCGCAGCGCGGGUGUGGAGGGCUCCGGCCACGCCGGCCGGGCUCCCACGGGGGGCGGCCCCAAGCACCGAGCACCCGCGGCGGGGUCCCGGAGCGCUCUGCCCGCCCGGCCCCACGGAGGGCGAAGCGGCUGCGGAAACACGACCCCCGGUGGGCCGAGCACAGGAGACGGGGAAGACGUUCCACAGGGGAAACACUGCGUGUCGGUGCCGGCCGGGGGCUAGAGCAGCGCGGGCGAGCUGCUCUUUCCGAACUGACAUAACUACGGUUUUAUGGCCACACCGUUCAACAUUCUUAUUAAUACAAACUCGCAUAAAAUAUCGUUUCCUUUCGACUAACUCAAUCCCAGGCUUUAGGAGGACGAGCAGAACUUUACGGCGCGGGAUUUAUCUGAAUUAGCGUGACUCCGGCACUGAUUUGAGGGCAGUAGAACAAGGUGCGCGGUCCUGCUCCGGUGACGGGCUACACUUUCACCGCCCGCCGCAGCCCGGCCCGAGCGAGAGAAGAUUUAUGCCCGCGGUGAAGCACCGCACGCCCCCCAAUCCCCCCCCCAAACUCCCCUCCGCACACCGGCGGGUCUCUUCGCAGCGAGUCAUCCCCUCCCCUCACCCUUCACGGCAAACUUGCAGCUUUUUCCCACCACCCCACGCCGGGUCGCGGGACGGUCGCGCACACACACACACACACACACCCUCCUCUUUUUUUUGGAGCGGGCGGCGCGCCCCCGCCGCGGCCGGGGGAGUGGGGGGGGGGGAGGUAAGGAGCGAGGGGCGCGCGGCGCGUGUGCGCGUCCCCGCCGCCGCCCGCCGCGAUUGGCCGCGCCGCUGACAGCUCGGCGGCGAUUGUAGGAGGCGGGGCUCCGCCCCCCCGCCCGCGCGCCGGCCCCAUUCAUAAAGUAGAGGGCCCGGCGGCACCGGCGGAGAGAGACGGGAGCCCGGCGGAGGAGGAGGAGGAGGAGGAGGAGGAGAGGCGCAGAAAGUGAGAGCCCCGCCGCGCACUUCCAGGGGUGGGGAGGGGGAGGAGAAGUCAUCCCGGGCACAGCAGCUACGCCCUCCUCCCGGCUCAGGAUAAAACAGUCUGUGCAAAGAACAACAACAACAAAAAAACCCAAACCCCAAAACAACAAACAAACCAACAACAACAAACCUAUAUAUAUAUAUGUACCUCUCUCUCUCUCUCUCUCCAAACAAUCUAUGUAGAGCUGCAGGACAGGAAUGAGAGAGCACAGACCAAGUGCACACGGCUGCGCGUAAAGCUAGAGCAAACCACAGAGCCGGGCUGAGCCAACGCCUCCAGCAGGAAAAGGGAAACCAGCAGCAGCCCUGCCAGGCUGAGAGCGGCAGCCACGCUCGGGCGCAUCUCUGGCGGUGCCACGGACUGAGAGAGAGAGAGAGGCAGACAGACAGACAGAGAGUUCACUCUUCCGCUCUGGGCAUUGCUCGCAUUCUUCUCCUUCUCUCCUAUCGUGUGCGGUUUUAAACUUCGCCGCCGACUGGCUUUUCUGCGGGGACCUUCUGCGAGUCCUGGGGAAGUUUGUUGGGUUUUUUGCCUUUUUUUUUUUUUCCUGGUGUUUUUUUUUUUUUUUUUUUUUUUUCUUCCAUGAUCUACUGAAACGGCAAUUUUUGUGGCUGCGCGGGGGGGUGGGCGCCUGAGCGCUGAGGCAGCGCAGACCUCCCUGCCCCCACCGCCACCCAAAACUUCGCGUUCCGGGAGCCCCCGGGGGCUGCCCGCCGCUCCGGCCCCGGCCCCGGCCCGCUCGCCUGCGGCUCGCACUCCUCCUCCUCCACCUCCUCCUCCUCGUCGUCGCCGGGGCAGCGCCGUGCUUCGCUUCUUUGUGCUUUGCCGUCCUCUCCGACUUUUUUUAAAGCGCUCUCUCUGGCGCGCCGCUGCCGCCUUCUUCCCGGCGGGGGUGGGGGUCUGCGAUUUGGCCGGUGCCCUCCGCGAAGCUGCAGCCACCGCUAAAGCAUUGGAUCCCUCAACGUACUGCGAGAGCCCGGUGUACAGCCCGGACCUGUGCCCCAACAUGAUCGCCGCGCAGGCCAAGCUGGUGUACCAGCUCAACAAAUACUACACGGAGCGGUGCCAGGCCCGCAAGGCAGCCAUCGCCAAGACCAUCCGGGAGGUGUGCAAGGUCGUGUCGGACGUGCUGAAGGAGGUGGAGGUGCAGGAGCCGCGCUUCAUCAGCUCCCUGAGCGAGAUCGACGCCCGCUACGAGGGGCUGGAGGUGAUCUCGCCCACCGAAUUCGAGGUGGUGCUCUACCUCAACCAGAUGGGCGUCUUCAACUUCGUGGACGACGGCUCCCUGCCGGGCUGCGCCGUGCUCAAGCUGAGCGACGGCCGCAAGCGCAGCAUGUCCCUCUGGGUGGAGUUCAUCACCGCCUCGGGCUACCUGUCCGCCCGCAAAAUCCGCUCCCGCUUCCAGACGCUGGUGGCCCAGGCCGUGGACAAGUGCAGCUACCGGGACGUGGUGAAGAUGAUCGCGGACACCAGCGAGGUGAAGCUCCGCAUCCGGGAGCGCUACGUGGUGCAGAUCACGCCCGCCUUCAAGUGCACCGGGAUCUGGCCGCGCAGCGCGGCGCAGUGGCCCAUGCCGCACAUCCCCUGGCCCGGCCCCAACCGGGUGGCGGAGGUGAAGGCGGAGGGCUUCAACCUGCUCUCCAAGGAGUGCUACUCGCUGACGGGCAAGCAGAGCUCGGCCGAGAGCGACGCCUGGGUGCUGCAGUUCGGGGAAGCCGAGAACCGGCUGCUGAUGGGCGGCUGCAGGAACAAGUGCCUCUCGGUGCUGAAGACGCUGCGCGACCGGCACCUGGAGCUGCCCGGGCAGCCCCUCAACAACUACCACAUGAAGACGCUGCUGCUGUACGAGUGCGAGAAGCACCCGCGGGAGACCGACUGGGACGAGGCGUGCCUGGGCGACCGGCUCAACGGCAUCCUCCUGCAGCUCAUCUCCUGCCUGCAGUGCCGGCGCUGCCCCCACUACUUCCUGCCCAACCUCGACCUCUUUCAGGGCAAACCCCACUCGGCCCUGGAAAGCGCCGCCAAACAGACCUGGAGGCUAGCCAGAGAAAUCCUCACCAAUCCCAAAAGCCUCGACAAGCUAUAGGGCUCACACCCCCGGCGCGCAAAACUCGCCCUCAACAAACAGCGCCUAAAAAAAAAAAAAAAAAAAAAAAAAAAAAAAACCCAAAAAACCAACCAAGAAACAAAAAAACAAACAAACAAAAAAACCACAACAACAACAAAAAAAAAACCAAACAAAACAAAAACUUUUUUAUUUAACGCGGACGACGACGGAAAGAGGCGGCGAAAGAAACGCGCCCCCCCCCCCCCCCCCCCGCCACCCCCCCCACCCACCUGCAGCUCGGCCUUUAAAAACUUGUCGAGGGUUUUUCCCGGCAUAAACUCUCCCCGCCCUGCACGGAAGAAGGGAAGAGCCUCUCCUCCUGCCCUCCAAUGUGAAUUUUUAAAAAGUCACAAAAAGAAGCGAUCGGACUUUUGCAACCUCCAAACGAAACCCAAAAGGUACAUUUUCCAAUCCAUGUAUAGUCCUUUUCUUAUUCUCUCUUGUUUGCCUGAAUGUUGUCACCAAGUGAAAAAUUAUUUAACUAUAUGUACAAAUCUCCCUUUAAGAAAGUUUUACUGAUGUUAAAUGUAUUUCAGUGCCAAGGUCAGAUUAUGUGCCCCACAACUGACUUGUUGCAAAUAGUAAUAAAAAUAUUACUUUAACUUUA